AAUUACAUUCUGAUUCUCUUACGCGGAUCUUUAAUGCACCGGAUCGUUUUGCGGAUAAACUUCAUUCGAUCUUUCCAUGGGAGUGUGUAGGCGGGGAAAAAGCGUUUCCAUCCCCAGCUCAGUUUGAUGACCAGGGUUUCAAUUUCACGGGAAGCGGCGAGAAUCGUUUCUGGUGAAAAACUGUCGAUGGCUUCUCCAAAGGGAUAAUCUUUGUGCAAACGCCACCGUUUGGGCACGCGUAGUUGUGCAUGCCACGAUAAGGCUUGACAAAGAUCUCCAUCGGAAGCGGUGUUCAUCUUGUUGUCCGAGUUGUGAUCUUUCAUGUGAGGACGCCGUUCAGUCACGAUCAUGUCCAUGGCAUUUUUGGUACCAUGGGCUGUGUGUGGUACACGACCUCACCGGAAAGGUGGCAGCUUGAAUUGCUUCGUCAAGUGGAAGAACUGAAGAUCCGAUCCUCGACUUCACCCUCACGUCAAAUUUUUAGCUCGUUGACCAAUAAACAGAUACAAGAACACCAUUUCGUUUCAUUCGUGGAACUCUCCACAACUUUUGUGAAUUUCACAUUCUUUACUUUCAUGAAUAAUUACGCUCCGAGCAAAUCAUCUCAGAGAAUGCUCCUGGCGAAGCAAUACUCCUAUGAAACAUUUUUUAAGGAAUUGUUCACGUGAUAGCAGGAGCAUUCCUUAUAAUGCUUAAUGUCUCCCUCAAUGUAAAUGGGU